AUGUGGGCUUACACCGUGGGCUUCACCGUCCUGCCCCACGUUGGAGGAUUCCUUGGCUGGUUCCUGAACAGGAAGGAGAUCCCAGCGUGGUACGAGAAGCUGAAGAAACCUUCCUGGUGCCCGUCCCGCAGGGUGUUCCCUGUGGUCUGGACCAUGCUGUACACGGGCAUGGGCUACGCCUCCUACCUGGUGUGGAACGACCUGGGCGGCUGCAGCAGCAAGGCCAUCGUCCCCAUGGGGCUCUACGGGGCUCAGCUGGUGCUCAACUGGGCAUGGCCACCCUUGUUCUUCGGUGCCCACAACCUCAACAUGUGGCCACAGCUCGGUCCCAGUGUCCUGGGGAAGAUGGCAGAGAAGCAGGAGGAGCCCAGCAAUGCCCAGAACGGGGAACCCGACAACGCCGAGGAGGGCGAGGGGAAGAAGAAGAAGGUGAAGAGGGAGGACCUGCCACCCUUUGAGAUUGUCACAGGGGAACGCCUCCCAGCCAUCUUCUUCAAAUUCCAGUUCAGGAACGUGGAGUACAGCUCGGGCAGGAACAAAACCUUCCUGUGCUACGUGGUGGAGACGCAGGGCAAGGAGCCGGUGACCAGCCGGGGGUACCUGGAGGACGAGCACGCGGCCGCGCACGCCGAGAUGGCUUUCUUCAACACCAUCCUGCCCGCGUGCCAGGCCGGUGCCCGCCACGAUGUCACCUGGUACGUGUCCUCCAGCCCCUGUGUCACCUGCGCCCAGAGGAUCUGCGAGGCCCUGCGCAAGAACAAGGGGCUGCGCCUCACCAUCAUGGUGGGCAGGCUCUUCAUGUGGGAGGAGCCCGAGAUGCAGGCGGCCCUCAGGAGCAUGAAGGAGGCCGGCUGCAAGCUGAGGAUUAUGAAGCCUCAAGACUUUGAGUAUGUCUGGAAGAACUUUGUGGAGCAGGAGGAAGGGGAGGAGGCCAAGUCCUUUGUGCCCUGGGAGGAUAUUCAGGAGAAUUUUCAGUACUACGAGGAGAAGCUGGCGGAGAUCUUGCACUGA